GUCUCACUCCGUUUCAAGAGAGCGCCGCAAUGUGCGAAGGCCAUCGGGUCGUGCUAUCUCCCCCAUCGACGAACAAGCCCGAUCCGACAACCAAGAACCCCCGCCAUUCCAGAAGAGAUCAAUGAGAUCAAGCGAUAUGAAGACUUCACCACGAUAGACUGGAUUCAAGAUGCAGUAUAUGAACAAUCGCGGCGGCGCGCAAAACGGCGCAGUGGUACGAGGUUCUGGGAUCAGGAAGGCAUCCUUGGCUGGAGACGUAAAGUGUACGAGUCUUAUGAUGCAGGUCAGGCAUGGCUUGUUGUUACGCUUGUGGGCUUGGCAAUUGGAUUGAAUUCGGCUGUGCUCAACAUCAUUACGGAAUGGCUUUCUGAUAUCAAGCUGGGCCAUUGCACCACUGCAUUUUACCUCAACGAGUCGUUCUGCUGUUGGGGUGCCGAGAAUGGUCAAUGUCCCGAGUGGAAACGCUGGACUUCCUUCGGGCUAUUCAACUAUAUUUUCUACUUCUUCGGCGCGCUGCUACUUUCAUCUAUUGCCGCAGUGUUAGUGAAGUCAUUUGCGCCGUAUGCGGCAGGCUCUGGCAUCUCAGAGAUCAAAUGCAUCAUUGCUGGCUUCGUGAUGAAAGGCUUCCUCGGUGCCUGGACUCUUCUAAUCAAAUCCAUUGCGCUCCCAUUAGCUAUUGCAUCGGGUUUAUCUGUUGGGAAAGAGGGACCUAGCGUGCAUUUUGCUGUGUGCACCGGCAACGUGAUAUCGCGGUUCUUUGGUAAAUACAAACAGAAUGCGUCGAAGACCCGAGAGAUCUUGACUGCCUCGGCAGCAGCUGGUGUAGCUGUCGCUUUCGGAAGUCCGAUUGGAGGCGUGCUGUUCUCCCUGGAGGAAAUGGCAAAUUACUUCCCGCUCAAGACUCUCUGGCGAAGCUAUUUCUGUGCCUUGGUGGCAACUAGUGUGCUAGCUGCUGUUAAUCCUUUCAGAACCGGCCAGUUGGUCAUGUUUCAAGUCGAGUAUGACCGCACAUGGCACUUUUUCGAAUUUAUCUUCUUUAUUGGCCUCGGCAUCUUCGGUGGGCUUUACGGUGCCUUCGUGAUGAAAUGGAACCUCCGAAUGGCUGCAUUCCGGAAGAAAUACUUAUCGCAGUGGCCUAUAACCGAGUCCGUUGUUCUCGCUGGGCUCACUGCUAUACUCUGCUACCCUAAUAUGUUCCUGAGAAUCAAUAUGACCGCGAUGAUGGAAAUUCUGUUCCGUGAAUGCGAAAACGGCCAUGAUUACGAUGGACUAUGCGAGUAUGAACAUCACCCUCCACUUUUGCAUGAAAGCCUCCUGACACAUGAUAGGGCCAAGAAUCGGUGGUCAAUGAUCUUCUCACUAGCUAUCGCGACGGUUCUUCGCACUGGCCUGGUGAUAAUUUCCUACGGCUGCAAGGUGCCGGCCGGCAUCUUCGUACCUUCGAUGGCCGUCGGGGCUUCGUUUGGCCGAAUGGUCGGAAUCAUGGUGCAGGCAUUACACGAAUCAUUCCCUCAAUCUGCCUUCUUCGCCUCGUGUGACCCAGAUGUGCCUUGCAUUACACCGGGAACAUAUGCGUUUCUGGGAGCCGGCGCAGCGCUCAGUGGAAUCAUGCAUCUGACCAUCUCCGUAACGGUCAUCAUGUUCGAGCUGACUGGCGCGCUGACAUACAUUCUGCCGACUAUGAUAGUAGUUGGCAUCACCAAAGCCGUUGGCGACCGAUUCGGCAGCGGCGGUAUCGCUGACCGAAUGAUCUGGUUCAACGGUUUCCCAUUCCUAGACAAUAAGGAAGACCACGUUUUCAACGUGCCCGUAUCCCACGCAAUGACCACCGGUCCUCUCUCACUACCAGCAUCAGACUUCCCCGUCCGCGAAGCAGAGCAUCUCCUCAAAGACAACAGAUUCCAAGGCUUCCCAGUCGUGGAAGACCGCACUUCCAAAGUCCUAGUGGGAUACAUCGGACGAACCGAGCUUCGGUACGCCAUCGAUCGUGCCCGCAACGAAGGACUAGUCGCUCCAAACGCCCGCUGUGCCUUCACCAAAGAGGCAGCCGAGGCAGCCAUCGCACGCCGAGCAUCCGUCUCACAACACACCCAUUCACUAGAUACAUUCGAUGCAAUCCAGCGGAGCACCGGAGCCGCCUUUGUCGAUUUCUCCCGAUAUGUCGACCACACACCGCUGACCGUGCACCCGCGCCACCCUCUCGAAACAGUCAUGGAGAUUUUCAAAAAGAUGGGUCCGCGUGUUAUUCUCGUCGAGCAUCGCGGGAGACUCACCGGAUUGGUGACCGUCAAGGAUUGUCUGAAAUACCAGUUCAAGGUCGAAGCCGAGGAACAUACUCUGGCUGCAACUAGUUCGUCGGAGUUCACUGGGCUUGGUGGGCAUCUGAAUAAUCCGGCCCCGGAGACUCUGGAAGAUCGCUUGUGGAGGCUUAUUCAGACGGUGGCUGGGUUUGUAUCUGGUAAGAUAUCUCGUCGCCCGGUCAGGCUGCGAGAUCGGAAUGGGUCUAGGCAGUCUGAGAGAUCGGAUAUCUUGGAUGGGACGGAUGAUGAUGCUGUGGUUGAAUUGGAGGAUAGAGAGGAUCGGCCUAUGAUCUAA